CGGGGAGCGCUCGCCAUGACUCAGCAGCCGACGACGAGGCAAUGCCGGGGUGGCAGGCGCCCGGCCCCUCCCGCUCCGGCUCCCGCUCCCCCGCCCCGCGCGGGCGCCCCCGCCGCGGUCCCUGAGCAGCCCCCAAGCGCAGCCCCGCCGGGGACGGGGACGCGGCGAGUAGGGAGGAGCGGCGCCGCCCACGCGCCCGCGGACGCCCGGGCCCCGCGCAUGGUCCGGCGGCCCCCGCCAGCCCGAGCAUCCCCGCGGCCCGGCGCACGUGGCGGGCGGGGCGGGAGCGGUGACAUCACGGCUGCGGCGCGGGCGCGCGGACAUGGCUGCGCAGACGGCGGGCGCCCGCUGAUCCGAGGUCUGAGCCCCCGCGGGCCCCGCGUCCCGCGCCCAGGCGCGUGCAUGCACCUGUCCGGAGCCCUCGGCCGAAGUGCGAGGCGCCCGACGUCAGGGGGCGCCCAGGAGCCGGGGCGCGCAAGACCCUACCCACCUGCCCGCUCCCCGCCCCCCCCGUCCGGGCUGUUGGGCUCUGGAGGAUGCAGCCUGAGAGACCCAUACUCAGGAAACGCCUUUCUGCCUGGCGAGAGCUCCAGUGAGGAUGAGACGCCCUUGGCAGAGCUGUCAAAGGAGGAGUUGUGUGCCAAGAUAAAAAGUCUGAAAGAAAAAUUAACGAACACUCGGAAGGAAAACAGCCGGCUGCGACAGUCUUUGGUCAUGCUACAAGUGCUGCCGCAGGCGGUCACACAGUUUGAAGAGCUGGUCUGGAUGGCAGAGACCCUGCUGAAGGGCGGAGGCACCAUGCCGACCCCUGCGUCCACCCUCUGGAGAGCAACCAAUAACUCCUCGCCAGACUCCUUGGCCUCCACCUGCAGUAAUUCCGCUUCGCACUCCAGCUCGCCAGCGUCCCCGAAGGCGGAGGGAGAGCAUCCCCCGGAGGAGAAGCAGUUCAAGAUUGAAAAAUGGCAGAUUGCCCGUUGUAAUAAGAACAAACCUCAGAAGUUUAUUAAUGAUUUAAUGCAAGUGCUUUACACAAAUGAAUACAUGGCCACCCACAGCUUGACUGGGGCAAAAUCCUCCACUUCAAGGGACAAAGCUGUAAAGCCAGCUAUGAAUCAGAAUGAAGUUCAAGAGAUCAUAGGAGUAACAAAACAGUUAUUUCCCAAUACAGAUGAUGUUUCAAUUAGAAGAAUGAUAGGGCAAAAACUAAACAACUGUACCAAGAAGCCAAAUGCAAGCAAAAACCUUAACUCUCAGGAUAUUAAGUAGACGCCUUUGAUAUUGCAGGUAUCUGAAACAACGGACUUCUGCUCUGAAUUUCAUACUGGACUGGACUGGAGAGCCUGUGCCCUCCCUGGCAGUGAGUCCGGAGAUGUGAGCGGCGACAGGCUGUGAGACAUGUGUUCCUUCCCUGGGCUGUCAUGACAGCAUGCCACGUUUGCUGAAGAAGUUGCAUGUAGAUUCCAUCCUAAAUACUAGUGGUGCAUCAAGCCAAGGAAUUUCUACCAUCAAAUAAGCAUGCAGGAUGGUUUAUUUGGAAAUACGCAUUUUCCUUUCCCCAAAUACUUACACAGUUAACAAGGAUAAGCAGAGCCCUCAUCAGAGCAGUAAAGCCUUCCCUUUGUAGAUCACUGUCCAAGCCAAACACUGUAUAUUUAUUAUUACCAGUGACUCCUGUCAUAGCCUUUGGAUUGUUAGCAUAAACACAUUUAGAAAAGUAAACAGGUAAAUAACCAUUGUUCACAAAUAUGAGCGCAGCAUGGUGCGCCUAAUCUCCGAUAAUCAUGUCUAACCAAGUGAUGAUGUUUUACCAGUAAAAGUACAGGAUGACUCUAUUGUCUAACAAUGAAUAAUACAGAAAAAUGAGAACAGUGAAAUCUCAAUCAUAAAUAUUGCACCAACUCCCCAAAACAAACAUAUUUUGUGUUAAGACUAUGUGUACGUCCUCAGAAUAACCUUUUUGUUUAACAGGUGUGCUGUUAUUAUCCAAUAUGAAUAUAGAUGUGAAAUAUAAAAGCAUCAGUGUCAUCUAAAGCAUCCUAUUAUACAUAUGAUACAUAACAUGUAUUCAUUUCAAUCAGUUAUGUUGCUGCCCUGCAUAGUUUUAACUGGUUUAUUUUCAUUGUAGCAGAAAAGUGACUUGAAAAUAACCAGUACAGGUUUGAUUAUCACACCAAAAAAUGCCAUUUUGUUAAUCACCAAAAGACAAAAUAUUAUCCAAAGGCUGACCCAUGAUGUUAGCUUGUCACAAGUAACCAUUGUUCAAGGCAAAACUGUCUGUCAGUGCCACAAGGCCAAGUUUGAACUUGGGAGGGAAGAUGUUACAUAGUUGCAAAAUGCAGUAUUGUAGACCCAGGGAACAUUCAGAAAUGUUGCUUGAUAACAAUGUAGUUGUACAAAAUGAAUGUUCUUAGGGACAUAAAUUAUGUAAUAUUUUCUACUUCUAAUUAAACAAAUAAAUUGCAUUGAAAAGGAAAAAAGAUUUUUUUCUUCUUUCCUUAUGAAAUUACAAAUCUCAGAGAAAAGUAUUUUAGAUAGAUGGCUUCUUCACCCAUAUACUGAGACAUUGUCAUUACAGUUUGACCACAUAGUUUUGCACUAUUUGUCUUUAAAGAGCCAUGUACUGCAUGUCAUAUAGACAAUGUCCAGGAAGAUAGAUAUAUUUAAUGUUCUUGUUGAAAAAAUGAUACAGUAUUAAAAUAUAGGCUCUUUCCUCUUUAAAAAAUAACUACUUGGUAAUACAAGUGUUGCCUACUAAAGAUAAACUAAAUUGCCUCUGCAAAACCUAACCAUAAUAUUCAGAAAGAACUUGUAUAAUCUUCCCCUAAAAUAUUUUGAAAUGUGUUGAUACCUGUAUGAAUAACAGAAUGAAUAUAUUUUUAUAUAUUGAUAAAUGAGUUCCAAAAUAAGAAAACUAAUGAAAUUGAAUGGGGUCUCAGAAAGCCAAUGAUACACACGUAGUACAUAUAUUAUGUAUUUACAUAUAUAAGAAUUUAGAAUAUGAUCAAAAUAAAACCUUUAGCGGUGCAAGGUGGGGCAUGCCCAUAGUCCUAGCACUUGGAAGACUGAGACAGGAGGAUUGCUGCAAGUUCGAGGCCACCUUGGCUACAUAGUGAAUUCAAGGCCAACCUGAACUACAUAUACAUAGUGAGACCCUUCUCAAAAAGACAAAAGAUAAAGUAUUUACUAUAUUGAAAAAGAAAGUGAUUAUUCAGUGAUAUGGUGACAGCUUGUAAAUGGAAAAAAUUGUGAGCCCCUGUUUCAAAUCUUAUUCCCUUUUAUGUUUCAUAUAUAUUCAAUUUUCUGUAUUUUGUAUUCUGAGUGGGAAAGAUAUUCUCAAUCCAAAACCAGGGUAGCAAAAGUGCCAAUGAAAAAUCUACUGAUGCUCAGCCUGCAGCAGAGCCUUGUACUCACUGGACUAUUCAAGUUAUGAGUUACAGAUUUAGCAUUUCCUAGGUAAGUGUUUCUUUCAGAGAAAACGUAUUUUUGGUUAUGCUUCCCUCAGGUCGACCUACCACUCAAGGGACACUUUGAUAUUGUCCUGUCCAAUUUAACUUCUGUAAGCAGCUUUUUAAAGUAUUUGGAUUUUGCAGAUAGGAUAUUUUAUUGUUAUUGUUCUAGUUUUAUUUCUUUUUAAAAUGUUUUUGUUGUUGUUAGAGGAAGGAAAACAUGUCAGUCACUUGAAUAUUCAUACUGGAGGGUUCUUUUCCAUGUUUCUGCAGAAGUCCUGGGUAAACAAGCCACACUCAAUUCAAUUUAAAUCAGAAGAACUACAAAUACUUUUUAGUAUAAUAUGUCACAGGGACUACUUGGUACAUACUUACAAUAAACAAUUAUACAUCUGAAAUUAAAAUUUAACUGAUGUUAAAUUGAAUCUGGUUCUGUUACCAUGAGACCUAAUGUCAGUCUUUUAUGUUUCCUCGUGCUUACAUGUGCAUGCCUACUGCUCUAAUCUGAAUAUGUUUUAUGGAAAAAAAUUAAAACGACACAAUUGUUACAAAUUAGAUUUUUUUUGUACCAGGGCUCAAGCUCAUGAUCUUGUGCUUGUCAGGUAGGCAUUUGUGCCACCAAGCUAAAUCCCUGGCGCACAAAUUAGAAUUUUUGAGACUAAAACUUAAAAGUUAGUUCUGGAGGUGUGGCUGAGUGGUAGAAUAUUUGCCUGCCAUAUAGAAAACCUGAUUUUGAUUGAUCAUCAGUACCAGAUAAACACUUAAGUUUUAAAAUAUAAACCCAAGUAUGUUCAAAAGUAUUCUAUUCUGUAGCAAGAAAAAUGAAUCAAAAGGAUACAUGAUAAGGCUUAUUUUCAAAAACUCUAGAAUAUCAAGAGCAAUUAAAAGACUCUGAGAAUGGGUAGAAAACACUGCUUGAGUGAGUGAUUUUGGUCUUGAGGAAUGACAUCUGCAAAUAUAUAAUGCCCAUCUGCCUUUAAUGAUAAGAAGUUUAGUCAUCUUAUCAAAAAACUGUCCACAUUUUUCUCUCUUCCCACUAAAAACAAUGUUAGGGUUUGAGUCUGGAUGUCCCCCCUAAAGCUCAUACAGUCAUGCAGGAGGACUUCUAGGGUUUGUAAAUGACUUAUGGUCCAAUGAUGGGAUUAUGGGUGUGAGUGCUACACCCAAGAGGGUGUGGCCUUCAUAUAGUAUAAAGGACAGAAAGAGUCUUCUCUCCAUCUCCACUUUUGCUCUUGUUGUUUUGGUAUCUGCCACCACCAUGAACUGUUGCCCCUCUGCUGUGCUACCCUGCCUUGAAGCCAGCUGAUUAUGAAUUGAAACCUCUACAAAAUCUGAGCUAAAUAAACCUUUCUUUCCUUCA